CGGAGGAAUAGACUUCAAAAAAACCACAACCCGCUGCGGCAGGGUGUGCAUAUCUAACCUGUGGCGGUAUUUGCUGAGCUAUGUUGGGAGUUUUUAUAUCUAUUGCUGCUGUUGACAGGAUGGUGACUGGAGUCGACGCGAAAGCUGGAGGUGCUUUCGGUGAAGGAGGAGUGUAUUAACCGUGCCAGCGCCGGCACGGAGCUUAAACUGUGGGAUUUAGUCGACCCGUUUCACGCCCUUGAGACUCUGUUCCAGUGCUAUCCUCUGAUCCAGCGCCUGGCUGCUAACCCACCUCCCUGGUGAUAACUUAUGACCUCGCAUCCUCGCGUCCUGAUGCGUCGGUGAUAUGGGAGAGUGGUGCACAACUGAGACAUCGAUGGAAAACUAUGAGCUAUCCAGCAUAUCACAUGUUACAAUGUCACCCUCGAGACAGAACAGCCUUGUGUCAUCAUACUCUUUUCCCUUGGCCAAAAGCUCCUACAGUGUAAUAAGUGCCUUUUGCACAGAGGAUAACAUUCCUCAGUGCAUUUCAUACAUCAAUCAGGAGCUCGCCUCACUGGGCCUCUCCUCACUGGGCCUCUCCUCUACAUGUAUUGAGGCCACCUCACCAGGGGAAGCUGGCCUGAAUGCAGUGCCAGCUCUAAAUGCCAUGUAUGAGUUGCUGCAGAUUCACAGACGAACUAUGUGCAAUGUAGAUGCACUUGAGAAGGAGCAGCUGAAGAAAUCCAGCAGCUUGGAGCUCAUGCAGACAAGCAAUUCCAGACUCAAGGAUCAGUUGGAACUGUCCAUCAGGGAGAAAUGUGGUCUGCACGAAAUGGAGAGGCAGCUACAACUGAAAAUUAAGACUUUGCAGAGCUGCUUAAAAACAGAAAAAGAUGAGGUUCAGAAGCUCCAGAGUAUCAUUGCUAGUCGUGCCUCACAGUACAGUCAUGAUGCCAAAAGAAAAGAGAGAGAAGCGGCAAAGCUCAAGGAACGUCUCAGCCAGCUGCUGGUUGACCGAAAGGAUAAGAAACUAGCUAUAGAUGUACUGAAUUCCUUGGGUCGGUCAGAUGGGAAAAGGGGCCACUGGAAGACUGCAAAAGCAACAGCGAGCCACGAGGGUGAGAUGUACAAGUCUUUGCUGAGUGACUAUGAGGCAAGUCAGAAGUCUUUGAUGCUGGAGAACGCUGAGCUUAAGAAAGUCCUCCAGCAGAUGAAGAAGGAAAUGAUGCAUAUCCUGAGUCCACACAGUUCUUCUGCCAGGGGAGCCAGUGCUGAUGACAGCCAGGAGCAGAAUGAUUCAGAUGGGGAGGAGAAGACAGGAGACGCAAGCAGGGAAGCUCUGGAUCAAUCCUGUGAGCAUGCCAGGGAGCAGCUAACAAACAGCAUCCGUCAGCAGUGGAGGAAACUGAGGAACCAUGUUGAGAAAUUAGACAGCCAAGCCUCUCAAGUGCAGAAUCAACUGGAGUCCAAUAAAGAGAUGAUACCUCUGGAGACCCACGAGGAUGAGAUGGAGAGGAUGAGGUGUGAAGUCCAGCAAUGCAAAGAGUUCAUUCAUGCACAACAGCAGCUCCUCCAGCAACAACUCAACACUUCGUUUGAUGAUGAGACUGCCGCUCUUCUUAAUGACUGCUACACACUGGAGGAGAAGGAGCGUCUCAAAGAAGAAUGGAGGCUCUUUGAAGAACAAAAGAGAAACUUUGAGAGGGAGAGAAAAAACUUCACAGAGGCUGCUAUUCGUCUGGGCCGAGAGAAAAAGGCCUUUGAAGAGGAUCGUGCUUCAUGGCUCAAAAAUCAGUUUUUGAAUAUCACUCCCUUUACAGACCGUAGGAGAUGUUCCUCAUCAGAUGGUCAAAGUGCCUUGUCAAUUAUAAGUGAGCCAGAGAUCAGGAUGUCUUCAGUGAAAGCGCAGCUGGCCAAAUCGUCUACCUACACUACCUUCUCCACUCCCAAAUCUUCACAAACUGCUGCUGUGCCAUGUACUACUGAGCUUUACCGGACACUCCGCUUAAUACCAGAAAGCAGUUCCUCCAGACAUUCAAAUCGAGGACUCUGGCAAGAGACUAGCACCGCUGAAGAUGGAGAUAUGCGGGUCAAUCCAAAACACGGAGGUCGAUGUGGUGACUUGAGUAUCUUUUCUUUGAGUGAAGAUGCGAACAGCCUCACUUAAAGAACUUUCAGUGCCUUUUUUUUUUUUUUUUUUUUUUUUAAAUUUAAAUCUGUGCGAUGAACUUUUGCAUAAAUCCACGCCUGAAUUUCAUCGGCUCUGAUGAACAACCAUUUUCAGUGGACGUGCACGGACAAUUCACCAAAGCUGAUCACACAAGAAAGCACUUUGAGUCUGCCAUUGCUUUUUUUUUUUUUUUUUUUUUUUUUUUUUAAACUGACAAUUCAGAUUUUUAAGCUGUAUUUCAAGGGAGGGUAUCUACCAAGCAAUGAUAGGAAUAUAUUCUUUCUACAUGUUGAUUGUACUGAAAUUCACUUUGUUUACAUAUUCAAUAAGUAUAAAUUAUGAUUUGAAGUACGUAUUGCAUUAACAUUAGAUCGAUUAGAUCUGCUCUCUAGAA